CUACGGCCGAGGGAGACCUCCACCACAGCAUAUAUUCCAUUCCAUCUUUUCCUUGCUCCAACCAAAGCAAAAGCAACCACCAAGCUCCAAAGCGAAGCGAUCGACCGAUCCGGAAUGGCGAUGGCACCGUGCGCAGCUGCGGCCUCGGUCUCCUUCACCGCCCGCCCGGCGGCCUCCUCCGCCCGGCCGCGUGCCGCCGUGGUCCGCGCCGCGGGCGGCAAGUGGUGGGCGCCGCUGCUGGGGUGGUCGGGGAAGGCCGACUACAUCGAAGCCCCGGCGCCCGCGGCCGACGCGGCGAAGGAGGCUGCGGCGGCGGGCAGGGGCAGGGCGUUCGUGGGGGGCCUGACGGAGGAGAAGGCGCGGGAGCUGCGCGCGCGCAUGGCGCAGACCGAGUCCUUCCACGACGCCAUGUACCACUCUGCCAUCGCCUCCCGCCUCGCCCGCUCCGCCUAGGCCCGGACGACGGGAGCAGCGACGGGAUCUGCCCGCCGGCAUCGCCGUGGAUCUAGCGCGCCGUCCGUGCGUAUGCAUGUUGUGUCCUGUUUUUCUCCUUCCUUUUCUUCUUUGAUGAGUUGGGGAUUCGUUCCCCCAUUGCUGUUGUUGUGGAGGAGGAGGCGAGAGAGCAAGGGAGGGGGCUCUGGUUUUUUAAGCACCCCUCCCUUCCCCGGCUCCUCGCCGCUCCCCGAUCUGCUCCGAUCUGGAGCUUGAAAUGUUGUUCCUGAAUCAUUUCCGGUCUGUGCGCUGAAAUGGCAGAUCCGCGAAAACUUGUCGCAAACUUGAUGUGAUUGGAUCCCA